AUGGGAUACACCGCAAGCGGGCUGGACCAAAAACUCAACAAGGCAGGGUGGGGUAUAGCGGCCAGGAACAGCUCAGGGGAAUUGGCAGGUGCAUGGGCGAGACCAACUGAAGGUUGUGCUGAGGUACAGGUGGAGGAAGCUCUGGCAAUACGAGAAGCUAUGGUACUAGCUAAACAAAUGGGUUGGAGGAACGCGGAACUGGAAUCAGACUGUAAGCACGUGGUAGACAAAAUCAAUGCAAGGGAAGAGGAAGUCAGCAUAGCCAUUAUUCAGUUGGAUAUUUGGAGGAUGAUGAAAGAAUUUGACCAAUGUUGUUUUUCCUAUACUAGAAGGAGCAACAACUAUGUAAGUCACUAUUUACCAAAGUUUGCUAUAACUCUGAUUGAUGUAGCUGAAUGGAAGCUUAGCUUUUCAGCGUGGCUGCUUGAAUUAGUUCAGGCAGAUUUACCGGAGCAGUUGCUCUGA